AUGGGUCGCAAGAUCAAAGCCAAAGAUGGCCCUCUGAAGCAGCCGCUAACCCUUGCUGAGUUGGCUGGUCACGACGACGUCUGUUCUGAUGUUAUGAUUGAUAAUGCAUUUUACAAGUUCAAAAUUCGCAAGUACCGGCCGAAACACAUCCCCGUCCGUGGCAUCAAGGAGGAACAGAUCCCCCAGAUCCUCUUGCAGCAUGUGAUUGUCGGCAAAGAUCCUGUGGCCGCAGAAAAGAUUUUGCUCGGCCUGCCGGGACUGAAACGGUAUCAGAACACCCUCAAAAACAAGUCUCAAAAAGAACACUUCAUCGCCCAUCUUCGCAAGUACAUUCUGAUGUACCAAACCGAUUGUGCUUGGGAGGUAUCCAGUACGAAUCGCUAUACUGUUACUACCUACGAAGCGGCUGUCACUGCUCGCAAGCGGAUCCGGCAAGGAGAGGUCAUCAAGUACCUGACAGGCACUCUAGUUCCUCUGACCACCGAGGAGUCUCUUGACCUGGACAUCACCAACCGGAAUUUCAGUAUCGUGGUCAAUAAUCGGAAGAAAAGCGACCAGAUGUUCUUGGGCCCAGCCCGCUUCGCCAACCAUGAUUGCGACUCCAAUGCACGUUUACAGAUGGAAGGCGUUGAUAGUAUGAGAGUUGUCGCAACGCGAAACAUUGCUAUCGGAGAGGAGAUAACGGUGUCAUACGGCGACAGUUACUUUGGCCCUGACAAUGUCGAGUGCCUAUGCUCGACUUGCGAGGCCAAUGUGCACAACGGGUGGACCUCCAAGGCCGCCUUCACUCAGCCGGAAAGUGGCUCCUCCACACCCAUUCCACAGCUACCGACCAACUCGCUCAGCAAGAAAAGGAAACGAGACGAUUCCCUCUCAACAUUACCUCGUUCUGUGAAGAAGGCCAAGUCCGUGGCAUCGCCAUCGAAGCUCCAAUAUUCUUGGACUCCCCCUAGCACAUCCGAGUCUGAGGUUGCGAUAGACGAGCUCGAGGGGCGCGGCUCGGCAGUCCCACGUGCUGCAUCCAGAGGCGUAUCUGAAGAUCGCUCGGCCACCCCUCAGCGUGACUUCAAAGGUCGAUUCCUAUCAUCACCUACGGCCACGACAGGCGAGCCAAGCAACAGCCGAGGUAGCAAGCGCGCCUCAAGCAAAAGGCGGGCUUCCGUUCCCCUGACUCCUUCCACCACUUCGCCUUCGAGCCAGGAGUCGGAGACCGACAACAGUAGUGAGCAAACGUACGUGCAACCUGUCACGAUCAAAGUUGAGCAUGUCGAGAAAGUUGUCCUCGAGAACGACGAGCCGACAGAUGCUGCGGCAGACACGAUUGAGGUUGUUGCGGCCUCGACAUUGGCAUCUACACAGCAGAACAACACACCACUUCCGAAUGGCAACAACGUGUUUACUCCCGCAGCGUCUGAACCAACUCUGACGUCUCCGCCGUCAUCAAUGACGAAACUCACUAUGACUAAGGUGUCCACGGUUGCGUCUAUCGAGCCUACCUUGAACCUUGGCGAGAUUCCACCCCACCCAGGAAUCAUUCCUUCCAUAGAAAAGCCGGUCGCCUCGACUCCACCAGUUCGCGCGACUCUCUCAGUUCACCCAGUCGCUGACACUAUCCGCGUCCCUGGCGACUACGUCCUCACGCGCCGGCUACUCGCUCAACCGCACGAUCGAUGGGUGCGAUGUCAGAACGAACGCUGCCACGGCUACUUCCUCCAGGCCAACGGGUACCAGACCCGGCGUGAAUGUCCCCGGUGCGAGCGGCACAGCAUGCUCUACGGGUUCCCUUGGCCCAAAACAGACCCAGAUCCCCGCACGCUCCUUGCACGACAGCAGGGUGUGCGCAAGAAGGAUGCGGCAGCCUUGGCGGCGCAGUUCUCGGCCUACCGUAGGCAGGGCAGAUCCGGAAAGGGCACGUGGGUGGAGGGCGGUGGCGACGAGGAGGAGCGCGUCAUGGACCAUCGGACGAUCCAUCGCUUUGUGGGGCCAGAGGAGGAGCGGGAAUUGACGCGCAAGGGCCUUCUCAUUGCGGCUGAGACAGCGAGGAAGAUGGGAGAGGAUGACCUACAGGGCCUGCGGGCGUUAGACGGCAGCGGAAGAAGGGACACGAGUGAGGGUCAAGACGGACGAGAGGGAACAGACGAGACUCUCGUGAGCGAAUUUCUCCGCGAGGAAGGCGUCGAUGGAGAGGGGAGACGGCGCAGCGGACGCAUCGUUGAGAGCAGAGUCUACGUCAAUGUCGAUAUGAAGCGGUGA